AUGGCUUUGCGCGCAGCCCUCGUUGCGCUUCUUCCGGCCGUGGCAGCUGCCGAGAAGUAUGCCGUCAUUGCAGCUGGCUCGUCAGGAUUCAUGAACUACCGCCACCAAGCGGAUGCCUGCCAUGCCUACCAGCUCAUGUUGCAGAGUGGAGUACCAGCAGACAACAUCAUCCUGAUGAUGCAGGACGACGUGGCGAACAGCGAGGAGAACCCGUUCCCCGGCCAGCUGUUCAACAAGCCGGGCGAGAACCCGCCUGAUGUCUACAAGGGCUGCAAAGUCGACUACUCUGGCGACAUUGUGACUGGAAAGCUGUUCAUGGACGUCCUGACCGGUAACACGCAGGGUGCCAAGGGCAAGGUGCUGAAGAGUGGCGCAAGUGACACUGUGUUCGUCAAUUUUGUGGACCAUGGCGGUCCCGGCAUCAUCGCCUUCCCCAACGGCCCGGUACUCACGGUCAAGGAGCUCUCCCAGACGCUGAAGACCAUGCAGAGCAAGCAGAUGUUCAAGCAGAUGGUCUUCUACAUGGAAGCCUGCGAGAGCGGCUCCAUGUUCCCAGACCUGAAGGCGGACAGCAAGAUCCUUGCAGUUACGGCCUCGAACGCAGACGAGUCUUCGUGGGGAACGUAUUGUGGUGAUUCUGCCAUGGUGAAGGGCAAGAACGUCGGUUCCUGUUUGGGUGACCUGUUCUCCGUGAACUGGAUGCAGGACGACGACCUUGGCAAGUUCAAGUCUGAAACCUUCCGCAGCCAAAUCUCCAAAGUGACGAAACUAACAAACCAGAGCCAUGUGUGCAGUUUCGGCGACAAGUCGUUUGAGGAUGAAAGCAUUGGCAGCGUGGAGACGGCAAGCCUUUCCGUGAGCCCAUCCGAUGCUGCCCAGGGGGCCGUGGACGCCCGUGACAUCUACGUUACCCAGGCCAUGUGGGCCUGGCAGCAUGCUGCAGACGAGGCGUCAAAGCAGAAGGCCUGGAAGCGCCUGGUUGGCACCAUGAAAGCCCAAGAGGCCGAUGAGGCCCUCUUUGCCGGCAUGGCGGCUGCUGCCUGCGCAGUCGUGAACCCAAAGCACCUCGAGCUCAUCCAAUGCCAAAAGAGGCUUUUGAGCGAGCCUUUGGAGAUGACCGAAAUGCAGUGCCACCACGAGCUGGCACAUGCCGUGCACGAGCAUUGCCCGGCCUCGGAGUAUCACCAGUCUGCAGGAGGAUGGAAUGGCUUCAACAUGAAAUUUGCCCGGGUUCUCUUGAAUCUCUGUGAGACCCACGGAAUCCACGGAAAGUCGACAGCCCAGCUCGUGGACCUU